AGCGGUGCUUUUGCUUUCAAGGUCUGAUUUGUCGUGGAAUAUGACAAAGUCAAAGAAGAAAAAGUUGAAUUACACUGAAAUACGUAAACAACACUUACUUGAAGAUAAUGAAAAAGAAGAGAAAAUUCUUAAAAAAUUAUCGAAGAAGUUGAAAAUGAAUCGUAAUUCUACAAAAACUAAACAGAAAAAACAACAAACUCCACUAUGGUUAACACAAUGUGGAUUUGAUUGUACUGUUUAUUCUUCUCUUUUCAAUGUUAAAUUUAAUUUAAUUUAUAUUUUAGACAUACUAAAUUUCGAGAAACAAAUAAAUUUAGAAAAGGAUAAUACUGAUAGUAAUAACACUGUUCUAUGUACUACUGUUGGAGUAUCUUCAAAGAAAAAGAGUAAAAAACUUGAUUUAUAUGGUCAAAAUACAAAUAAUAGUAAUAAUAGUAGAUCAAUUACUGAUCAUGAUGAUCAACAUUCAGACGUUGAUUCAUUGUUAAAUGAACCGAUCCAGUGUACAGAUCUAUCUGUUAAUGAAAAAUUAAAUGAAGUUAAUAUUUCAAUGUUAAAUGAUAAUCAUGAUUUCAAUGAAACUCUAUGCAAAUCAAUACGUAGUUCAUUAAAUCGUUUAUCGGAAUCACAAAUGUCAAAAAUUAUUACAGAACUUUGUGAUUUAUUUAAUAAAUAUCCUCGUGCAUCUGUUCGAUCACAUUUAAUUGAAGAAAUAUGCAAUUUAAUAGAAUGUACACAAAUUAAUCGUCAUACUAAAAUUGGUUGGUUACAUCAAGAAUUAGCUAUAUGUAUUACUUGUAUUCAAAUUAUGUUACAUCAUUUAUUUCAAUCAAUACCUUUAAUUGGUUAUUUAAUUGAAUCAAUUAUUUUUCGAUUAUUUCCUAUCAAUAAUAAUAAUAAUAAAGCACAAUUAUCAUCAAAUGGAAUUUGUACAUAUUCUAUAUUUUUAGCUUAUUUGUAUCGUUUUGGAGUGAUCUCAGGUACUCUUAUUUUAGAUAUUUUGAAGGCGUAUAUACGUGAUUGCGACAUCGGAAAAGUGAAAGCUGCUCAUUUUAUUACAAUCGCGGUUGGUGUUAAUCUACGAAAAUCUAAUUUGAAUGUAUGCCAAGAAAUUAUUCAACAAGCAAAUUUUGAACUUGAAAAGCAUAAAUUACAAAACUUUGAAAUAGCAUUUGAAUUGGAGGGACUGAUUCAACGUCUUUCAGAGAAACGUUCUAUGGAGGAGUGUGUUACACGAUCAUUACAUUUACAGAAACUUAUAAGGGUAUGGACUAAAGGAUUGUCUGUUACUGAUGAUAUGUGUUUAACUGUUGGAUUAGAAGAUUUACUAAAUGCUUCAUCUACUGGUCGUUGGUGGUUAAUUGGUUCAGCAGUAAAUCGAUUAGUGAAUGAUAUUUCAUCUGUAAAAUCCAAAGAUGAUGAAAAAUCUAAACCAUCUUUAAAUCCUGAAAUGGUAGCCGUUGCAGAAAAACUUGGCCUACGUACAACUUCUCGUCAAUUAACAUUUAGUAUUUUAGUUUCUACUCCUGGUGGUCCAGAUGCUACAGCUUCAGCUUUACUCAAAUCUUGUCACACUUCCGCUAAUUCACCAGGUGUUCAACUUGUAGCAGGCAGUAUAGCCGGUAGAGAAAGGGAAAUGAUUCAUAUUUUAUUACACUGUGUUAUGUCUGAAAUGCCUUUCAAUCGUUUUUAUCCACGUGUAUUAGGUGGUAUUCUAAAUUGUCAUCGACGAUUUUUGAUGAUGAUCAAGUGUGGAUUUUGGGAUAUAUUAAAUAAUACUAAUUUAACAGUUAAAGCUAAAUCUAAUGCUGGUCAAGCUUUAGGUUUACUUUGUCUUGUUUAUAAUUUUCCAUUAACCGUACUAAAGAAUUACAAUUUUGGAGACACCAGUGAAGGAAAUAUUGCUUUCUUACAAUAUACAAUUAUGGAAUUAUGCACUGGCGAAUAUCAAAAUGUUUUAGCUAAAUUAUUGCAGUUAUCAGCGUAUACAAGACUUUGUCGAAAUUGUCGAAUAUUUAUGCGUAAACAUUUGAUUAAUGAAAUGGUUGCUGACGAUAAAUUUGACUCUAAUCUUAAAGCUAUUGUUACAAAACUUGUUUCAGAUAUGCGUGAAGCAGAAUCGUUUUGAGUUUUGUGAUUAUUAUUGCUUAAAUGGCAUUUUGUGUUUGUACAUAAUUAUUAUGUAUAUAAAUAAAUAUCCUAAUAAUUUGAC